CAAUGCCUGUGAAUCAGGCAAAUUCUGAGAGGGCUGAAACGGGGGCAGCAGCAGCUGCACCUGUCUCUGGAGCACCUUAUUCAUCUCCCUUGAAUUUGUUUCCUCAGGAAACAAUUUCACAUUCUGGUGUUGGUGGAGUUGGCUCCCUAGAUUUCCUAAGAAACAACGAACAGUUCCAAGCAUUACGUUCUAUGGUGCACACAAAUCCACAGAUUUUACAGGCGCCUUUGAAAGUUUGAUUUGCCUAGACAUGCGUUAUCAAACAAUAUCUAUUAGAAAUGGGAGUAGACAAGGAAAAUGUGGAGGGAUUAGUCUUUGAGAUGAGCAAAGGUUUAAUUACGUUGAGAAUGAGAAAGCCAUAUCGCAUUCUUAGAAGGUAUUCUUUAGGAAAGCUGUGUACUUUGUCGUUGAUUUUCCAUGAUUGAUGUGCAACUUCACAACUUGCCAAGCAGAGUUUUUAUUUUUGAAAUUUGUGAAGGGCAUACAUACCAUGCUGUGGUAAACACACUGGACAGAUACAUGCAUAAGAGCCUACAUGAGUGAAUUUUUAUUU